AGGGUUUUUAAUCGUUGCCAGUGACCAAUGUAUACAAUCUAGCAACCAGGAACUGCCGGGGUCACGAAAAAAUGCUUUCAAUCCGUGCACACAAACACCGAACACGGAAUUGGAUCCGGAUUCAUGUUGAGUAAUCAAAUACGCCCGGUGGUUAUCGUCAUAUGUCGCCAUGUAUCUCGGGGACGGGAUGCUGUUUGUACUCGACAAAGGAAAACCCAGGUUGGUGCUCAGUCAAGAUGUUGAGAGGAAUCCAGGAAAGCAUCCGUUAAGGCCCCGCGUGGGCAGCAUCCUGGGCUCCAGACAGCCGCCCGGCACGGUCAAGGAGACGCCCUCACGUCCGACCAGGCAGCGCACGGGCCAGCUCACAGCGGGUGUUAAGAACAAGAUGGGAGAAGGAGCUUCCACCGUUAAGUCCAGUGCAGCGGCCGAGCGAGGGCGAGCCGGUCAGACAGCCUCCAAAGCACGGGAGCCUCACACAGCAGGGGGCGGAGCCAAAGCUUCACCAAAGGUGAAGUCAGACAGGCACAAAUGCAGCUCCUCCACAGGACCCCUGACUGCCAGCGGUACCACCGGGAGGACGCAAGGCGGCGUUAAGGCAGGACCGAAGCACCCGCAGGCUGCUGACGACGAAAGACCGAGAGACGGCGUGGCGUGUCUGAACAACAAGCAUGCGCGACUGAACGGCGUCCAAACCUCCAGCCACGACCAACACACUGUAGAAGCGCACAAGGUCCUCGGUCGUGACGGACAUCAAGGAGGACAAGAGAUCAGCGAGGACAGAGUAGGACAGGAUGGAACAAAGGGAGAAGAAGCAACUUUAAUAUCACCACCAUGUGACAACAGGUCCAAUGGAGGUCUGUUCAGCGAGCUGGAGAAGCCUGAGGUCCCCACCAAAGCAUCUGUGGAAGCAAAGAAGACUCAGAGAAGGCACGAACCAAAUGAACAGGUAGCCCUGACGCAACAGCAACCUUUGACCUCAGUCAGGCUGCAGUCGAAGGAGAACAUGGGAAGUGUUGAGAUGGUUGGUCACCACAGAGAGCAGCAUUUAGCCAUCAGGUCCAGCCUCAAACUCGGGGCGGUGACUCCCAUGGAAGAGGGGCUGAUGGUUGAGAAGAGAGAAGAGCAGAGGAGACGCUGGCUGGAGGAGCUGGACCAACAGAGAGAGGAGACCAGCGAGCGCAAGAGACAAGAGAAGCUGCUGCUAAAUCAGAAUGAAGAUCACAACCUCUGGGAAGCACACUUUGACUCACUGCAAAGGAAACCCUCUGCAGCCACGCCCCCUGCCUCCAUCGGUGUCUCCAAGCAAAGGGAAAAGGAGCUCUCGUCCAACAUGUCUUCGGCGGGGGACGCCUCAAGCAGCUGCGGUGCACACAAUGUAGGCCAAGUCAGUGUGGACCACAGUAGCAAGAUCCCAACCAAAAGCAGUGUGUGUGUUAGCUAUCUGAGGAGCAUGACGGCCCUGCUGGACCCAGUCCAGAUAGAGGAGAGGGAGAAGAAGAGGCUCAAACAGCUGGAGCAGCAAAAAGCAAUAGAGGCUCAGCUGGAGGAGCGUCGCCAGCAGAAAGCGCUAGAGAAGGCCAGGAGGAGGGCUGAGGAGCAGGAGGACGAGAAGCGAGUGAUGACGGAGUGGAACAUGCAGCACACAAAGUAUCAGGAGGACACAAACCAGGAGCAGCAAAAGAAGCUUGGUGGUGAUGGAGUGAAGUUCAGUGUUGUUCCCCAAGAUGACAGAUUGGAGGAGAAGAAAUACACAGCCGCACAGACAAACAAUGUAGACCAAGGCGAUGUGGACCCCAGUAGCAGAAUCCCAACCAAAAGCAGUGUGUGUGUUAGCUAUCUGAGGAGCAUGACGGCCCUGCUGGACCCAGUCCAGAUAGAGGAGAGGGAGAAGAAGAGGCUCAAACAGCUGGAGCAUCAAAAAGCAAUAGAGGCUCAGCUGGAGGAGCGUCGCCAACAGAGAGCGCUAGAGGAGGCCAGGAGGAGGGCUGAGGAGCAGGAGGACGAGAAGCGAGUGAUGACGGAGUGGAACAUGCUGCACACAAAGUAUCAGGAGGACACAAACCAGGAGCAGCCAAAGAAGCACGAGGAAGGAGCGAAUGAGUCAUCGGAGCUCAGUGAUGGCAGAUUGGAGGAGAAGAAAGAAACCGCUGUACGGACAGAAGCACCCUCUCCUCUCAGAGAAGACCAUGUUCAAACUGCAUCAAACUGCAAGAAGCAAGGGGGCGGCGGCCAUGACAAAAUGCGUGUGCCCGAAGGAGGAGGCAAAGAUCCAUAUGAAGAUUUUUUUCGGACAGACCGGAAGAAGGAGAAGAAGAUAAGGCCUCAGUGGAACACGCACAGGCCCAGCCAGCCUUUUGUUCCUGCCUCGGAGCGCUACCCGGUCCCGCUGCAAAGGAGCCGCCAGGAGAGUCGACUGCGGAGGCAGGAGGAGCUUCUCACUCAGCAGGAGAGGAACUGCCUGUCCAGGAAUGGGCCUCCUGCACCUCCUCCCCCUCACCACCAGGGGGCCCAUCCCUCUUCCAAGUCGUCCCAGUCUAAAAGCGGCAAGGCGCAGUCCAGCAGUCGCGUCGUCUCCGCGGCAACCAGCGCUGAGAAGGGGCGAUCCUCUCCCGCCACGCCGCACGCUCAGUCGCCCGUCCUCGACUUCAUCCCGUACGUCCGCACCGACGAAGUCAUCAACCCCGACCCGGCCGACGCACACGCUCCACACACGGAUUCUCCUCCGGCCGACGCUUCCCACGGAGAUCACCGAAAAACACAGCGACAGCAGGAGAUCCUGAGGGGACUGGCUCAGCUGCGCCAGGGUUUGCGCCAGAAGCAGAGGGAGUUGGAGACUGACUUAAGGCGCCAUGACGACCAGCACCUGUUGCCCUUGACGACACAGCGACAAGAUGAACACUAGCUCACUCCCACAGAAGACAACAUCAAGGAGUGUGUUGUGUGCCCGACUUGUCACUUAUUACACUCUCAGCAAGAAACCUUUGUCUGCCUUCUAUUCCCACACCCGGUGUCCAACACACAACACAUGUCCUCACAUCCUGUGUCCCCCGCCCUUAAGUUCCCCCUACAAUGGUUCCCGUUAUGUCCUGUGACCCGAGUAACCAAUACACGACAGAGUGUACACAAGUUUUAGUUGAUCUAUCAUUUUAGCUGUUUAUUUAAAUAAAAUAAUGAAUGCAUCA